UUGUCCUGACAAGUAAACUUCGAGUUUUUUGUGUGCUAACUUUGAAUUAGUAUACAUAUAGAUUUGCUGUGGAUGAUUUCUAAAUUGUAUCCGAGUGCGGGAGUUGGAAGAAUCCUUUGCAUGGAGCAAACACGACAUGAGUGCUUCAGAUCUGCAUGGGUUCUUUGGCCAUCCUCCUUCAUGCUUUUGCUUCUCAUGCUCUCUUCUUCUGCUGGCUCAUCAGCUUCCCAGUUUGGAACUCCCACCGCUGAAUCGACCACUGAUCGUCUCUCGCUCCGCUCCUUCAAGACCCUCCUCUCCGACCCAUCCGGAGCGUUGACCUCCUGGGACAACGCCUCCCUCCAUUUCUGCCGGUGGCGAGGGGUCACGUGCCGCACCCACGGAGGUGAACCGAGGGUCACGAGCCUCGAUUUGGAGUCCCUCCGGUUGGAGGGUAAACUAUCUCCGUCCCUGGCUAACCUCACCUUCCUCAGGAGACUCCGCCUCGGUAGCAACAGCCUUGAGGGUUCCAUCCCGCAGGGGCUCGGCUUUCUAUCCCACCUUCGGACUCUCAAUCUUAGCAACAAUCAACUGGGUGGGAUGAUUCCCAAUUCUCUGUUCCAGAACUGUUCGAGACUUCAAAUCUUCAGCCUGAGUCAUAACAACAUGAAUGGCACAAUCCCACGCAAUCUCAGCAACUGUUCGGAACUCCAAGUCAUCGGUUUGGAUCAGAACAUGCUGCGAGGAGACAUCCCCACCGAUCUAGGCUCCCUUCCAAAGCUCCGGGAACUCGUCAUGUGGAACAAUCUCCUCGAAGGAGGCAUUCCUCCUGAGAUCGGGAAUCUUGCAAGCUUAACAGGACUUUAUCUAGGCGGCAACCAACUCACCGGCGCUAUUCCUGCUGCGGUAGGGAACCUCUCCUCUCUUGCCCAUCUUGAUCUGUCAAACAGUACUCUUGUAGGAGCCAUCCCUGCCGCAAUAUGGAACCUCACCUCUCUUCGUCAGCUUGUGCUGUGGAGUAAUAAGCUCACAGGAGCCAUCCCAUCCGACAUAGGCAAUCUUGUUAGCUUGACCACACUCUUUCUUCAUUACAACCAACUCACUGGCACUAUCCCAUCCGAGAUUGGGAACCUAGUGAAUCUGACCGUAUGUGUUUUGGGUGGCAACCGCCUGGUUGGCACCAUUCCCAAGAGUUUGGGCUCCUUGCAUAGUUUAGAUGCAUUGAUUCUGGGUAGCAAUGGGCUACAAGCAAGGAAUGCUGCCGAGUGGAGUUUCUUGGACUCCUUGGCCAACUGCACCCACCUUAGAAUCCUAGAUAUAUCGAAAAAUGAUCUAAGUGGCAUGCUGCCAAAAUCCAUAGCCAAUUUGUCUAGAUCUCUGGAAGAGCUAGACAUCGGAGGCAACCAGAUAGCAGGAAGCAUCGCUGAAGAGAUUGGGAAUCUUAUUAGCUUGACCAAAAUCACGAUGUGGUACAACCUUCUCGGCGGUGCUAUUCCUGCAACGCUGGGAAGGCCUUCGGGUUUAGGAAGAGUAAACUUGGGAGGAAACCAUUUGGUGGGAGAAAUCCCUGCAACCCUCGGGAACCUUACUAGAUUAAACAUUCUUGUUCUUGCCACCAAUGACCUGCAUGGAUCCAUACCUCCGAGCCUUGGAAAGUGCCCAUUAAAUAUCUUGAAUCUUGAUUCCAACAGGUUAAAUGGUACGGUGCCCGUACAGAUCUUUGACAUCCCCAAUCUCACCAAACUCAAUAUUUCGCGCAAUUUAUUAACAGGAGUCCUGCCUUCGGAGAUUGGGAGUUUGAGAAACACCCAAAGUAUCGAUGCGUCCGAUAAUAGAUUAUCCGGUAGAUUGCCCAGCGGAAUUGCUGGAUGCCAGGUCCUGGAAAUCCUUUGCAUUGGAGGGAACUAUUUCCAGGGACCCAUUCCUUCGUCGUUUAGCCAGUUGAAGGGGCUUCGAGUGCUGGACAUUUCAAGCAAUGAUUUAUCGGGGCAUAUACCAGAUUUCCUUGGGAGCUUUAACAUGACGUAUCUCAAUCUCUCCUACAACAAUUUGGACGGUGAAGUGCCAAAAGAUGGGAUUUUUGCAAAUGCAAGUGCAUUCUCGGUGGUGGGGAACAGUAAACUUUGCGGGGGUAUUCCAGAACUUAGAUUGCCAUCAUGCCCUUCCGAGGAAAAAUCUUCUUCUGCUAAGCUAAUUGCCAUCGUCUCUGUUGUCGGAGGAAUCUUGUGCGUCACCUUUCUGAUCUCCGUGUCGGUUGCUUGUUAUCGAUUACGCAAGCCAAGCAGGCUUUCUUCUGUUACCUCACGCAUCGAAGAGCAGCACAGGAGGGUCUCUUUUGCUGAGCUGCUCAGAGCGACAAAUGAAUUUUCGCCUGCUAAUCUGAUUGGCAAGGGAAGCUUCGGAUCUGUCUACAGAGGAAUCAUGGAUUGGGAAGACCACAAGGAAGUGGCGGUGAAGGUACUCAACCUGCAGCAAACAGGGGCUGUGAGAAGCUUCAUGGCCGAAUGCGAAGCUCUGAGAAACGUCAGGCAUCGGAAUCUCGUCAAGAUACUGACAUCGUGCUCAGGUGUUGAUUUCGGAGGGAAUGACUUCAAAGCUCUAGUGUUUGAGUUCUUACCCAGUGGAAGUCUGGACGAGUGGCUUCAUCCUCCAGAAAGAGACGAACGGGGUUCGUCGAGAAUGCUAAGCCUCGGGCAGAGAUUGAACAUAUCCAUUGAUGUGGCUUCUGCGUUGGAUUAUCUUCAUCACCAUGUUCCGACCCCCCCGAUUGUGCAUUGUGAUCUCAAACCGAGCAACGUGCUUUUGGACGAUGACAUGGUGGCACAUGUGGGUGACUUCGGAUUGGCGAGGUUCGUGGGCAAGUCAUCCCAGAGAUCGACGAACUCGAUCACGUUGAAAGGGUCCAUCGGCUACGCUGCUCCAGAGUAUGGGAUGGGACACAAGGUUUCAGUGCAAGGUGAUGUGUACAGUUACGGAAUGCUCCUGCUGGAGAUGUUUACUGCAAAGCGACCUACUGAUGAUGGGUUCAAGGAAGGUCUGAAUCUUCAUCGCUACGUUGAGAGGGCACUUCCAAAACAUGUUGUCGAGAUCAUAGACCCAAACUUGUUACUGGGAGGGGGAGAAGAAGAAGCAUGCCGUUCAAAUCCAUCGGCAAAUGAAUCAAGCAUGAGAGCAGUAGUAGAGUGCAUUGCUUCGGUGCUCAGAGUUGGCGUGUCGUGUUCCAAAGGAUCACCAAAAGAGCGAAUGCAAAUGGAGGAUGUCAUAAGGGAACUUCAUGACAUCAAGGAUGCAUUUCUUGGAUCGACUCUAUUGCGGGCGUAGAGAUGAUAUCAACGUUUGAUAAAUAUUAAGAUUAUAAUUUCUGUACCGCAUAUAAAUUAUGAACUUUUAUAAUCUUCCCCUCAUAACUAUUUUGACUUCUUUCAUAGUGUUAGCAUCUCAAUAUAUUAUUUGUUCUUCCAACAAAAAGAAAAUGCAAGAUAGAAAGUUGAAACAUCUUCCAGGCUAAGCCUUUUGAGUAUACAACAUAUUUCAUGUAAUCCUUUUGCCUCAUAAUUAGAGUUUUUUUUUUUUUGACUUGUAAAUCGAUUCUUUUUAAGCCACAGCAUGUCUUGAAUCUGAACCGAUAAAUGUCAACUCACAGCGAAUUAUCUUGAGGAGAAAAGUCAAAGCAGAAAGACGAGAGAUAUAGAGAGGAUUAGUAAAAGUCGUGCUCCUAUGUCAAGUUUAUAGAUGCUUUUAUCAGAGCAACUGCAUGCUGUGGGGAGUCGGUCAUGUGAUCUUACAUUUCAGCGGCAAAGGAUUUGCCACAGCCACAAGUUUGUGUUGCAUUCGGGUUCUUAAAUGAGAAGCCUCCACCUAUGAGUGCAUCACUGAAGUCGAGCUGCAUGCCGUACACAAAGAGUAGGCUCUUGGGAUCACAAAC